UAGCCAGGUUCAGAAGUUCAGUGGCGAUAGAGUUUUAGGAAUUGUUUUGUCCAAAAAUCGUACUUUGUAGGCCCAAAACGACAGCAAUUGAGUCACCCUAUGGCGUAAUAUACUAUUUAGGGCGAAACAGAUGGUUAAAGGAUCGAAAUGAAAAACCAAAAACGAAAAGCUACCGACUCUUCGAAAACAUCAAGAAAGGCCAAGAAAAACAAGGUUGAAGAAGAGGAGGAGUUUGUAGAUGAUGAGCCUGUAGAUGAUAGUGAGGUUACACCAAAAUCGUCUUCUGCCACAGUGAAUGAUCAGGCAAAUGAAGAUGAGUUUGGAGCCAAAGAUUAUCGUAAGCUGAUAGAGCUCAAAGCAGAUCAUUCCUCUAGACCUCUCUGGGUGGCUCCUGAUGGUCACAUUUUCCUGGAAUCUUUCUCUCCUGUGUACAAACAUGCCCAUGAUUUUCUUAUAGCCAUUUCCGAGCCAGUCUGCAGGCCAGAACACAUUCAUGAGUACAGGUUGACGGCAUAUUCUCUCUAUGCUGCUGUCUCUGUUGGUCUCCAGACAAGUGAUAUCAUUGAAUAUUUAAGACGACUCAGCAAAACUACAAUCCCUGAUGGAAUAAUCCAGUUUAUAAAGUUAUGCACAUUGAGCUACGGAAAAGUGAAGCUGGUGCUGAAACACAACAGAUACUUUGUGGAGAGUAGCCAUCCAGAAGUCCUUCAGCAUCUUCUCAGAGACCCACAGAUUCAAGAAUGUAGAAAACGAACAGAGGAAGACAUGGAACUUGGCACAGGAGAGGACCAGCUUGUUAAAUCUACUGUGAGCGGAAAGUCGUCAUUGAAGUUGAAUAAACCACAAGAAUCUAAUGGAGACUCGUCACAAGCAGCAGAACAGGAUCAGCCGUCAGAGGGGACAUCCAUUCCAACUGACAUUUCAGAUUAUAUUGAGAGAAUAGACCAGGACGAAGAUGAAGAAGAGAGUCAGACUUACUCUUUUGAAGUGGCUCAAGAACACAUUGAAACGUUACAGAGAAAGUGCAUUGAACUGGACUAUCCUUUACUAGCAGAAUAUGAUUUCAAAAAUGACGCAGUCAAUCCUGAUCUGAACAUAGACCUAAAGCCAACUACAGUUUUAAGGCCAUAUCAGGAAAAAAGCCUUCGGAAGAUGUUUGGUAACGGAAGAGCCAGAUCUGGUGUCAUUGUCCUACCUUGUGGAGCUGGGAAGACUCUUGUAGGAGUGACGGCUGCAUGUACUGUGAGAAAGCGAUGCCUUGUCCUUUGUACUUCAGGUGUUGCAGUAGAACAAUGGAGAACACAGUUUAAGAUGUGGUCAACCAUUGACGAUCGCACAAUCUGCCGUUUUACUUCAGACGCGAAAGACAAACCUGUCAAUUGUAAUAUUGCAAUAUCUACGUACUCUAUGGUGUCUUUCACGGGAAAAAGAUCCUGGGAGGCUGGCGAGGUCAUGAAUUUUAUGCAAACACAAGAAUGGGGCUUAAUGAUUUUAGACGAGGUUCACACUAUCCCUGCCAAGCAGUUCAGAAGAGUUUUGACAGUUGUUCAAGCGCACUGUAAACUGGGACUCACAGCAACUCUGGUGCGAGAAGAUGAUAAGAUUCAGGAUUUGAACUUCCUGAUUGGACCCAAACUUUAUGAGGCCAACUGGAUGGAACUUCAGAACAAUGGAUUUAUUGCACGAGUCCAGUGUGCGGAGGUAUGGUGCCCUAUGACACCCGAGUUUUACAGAGAGUACCUCAAUAUAAGGACAAGAAAGAGGAAGUUACUGUAUGUGAUGAAUCCGAACAAGUUCCGGUCUUGCGAGUUUCUGAUUCGUUUUCACGAAAGACGAAAUGAUAAAGUUAUUGUUUUCUCCGACAACGUUUUCGCGCUCAAAAAAUACGCCGAGAAGCUUAAAAAACCGUUUAUUUAUGGACCAACUCACCAAGGAGAACGGAUGCAAAUCCUACAGAACUUUCAACAUAAUCCUUUGGUUAACACAAUUUUUAUAUCUAAGGUUGGAGAUAACUCCUUCGAUCUCCCAGAGGCAAAUGUGUUAAUUCAGAUUUCCUCGCACGGUGGCUCAAGGAGACAGGAAGCUCAACGUCUCGGAAGAAUUCUCCGGGCAAAGAAAGAUAUGGCCGCGGAGGAGUACAACGCAUUCUUUUACACUCUUGUCUCUACGGACACUGAAGAAAUGUUUUAUUCUGCAAAGCGUCAGCGUUUUCUGGUAAAUCAAGGGUACAGCUUCAAGGUCAUUACACGGCUGGCUGGAAUGGAAGAGGAGAAUUUGGAGCUUGGAGACAAGAGAAAACAGCAGGAACUCCUACAGCAGGUGCUGGCUGCUAGUGACGCAGACGCUGAGGAAGAGAGAGUGGGUAAUGAAAUAAACCGCAGUAGCUCGCAGAGCUCUAUAGUAUCUCGGCGCCAAGGCUCAAUGGCUUCCAUGUCUGGAGCAGACGAUAUGAUGUAUCUGGAAUACAGGAGUAGUUCAAAACAAUCCAAGUCUAGACAUCCCCUGUUUAAACGUUUCAGAAAAUGAAUUGGAAUGAACUGAGUCUAGCAUUUUAUGCGACUAUAAAAGAUUCGUUCUAUGAGACUAAAAGAUUGAAAAGAGACAUUAGUAGACCAAGAAGGAUCAGAGAUGGCUAAGGAUGAAAAAGUUGAAGUCACUUUGCAAAUAAUUCGCUAGACUUCGAGCAGUCCUUGCUUUUUGGCGAAGUUCGUCACACGAGUCAAAAAAUCAGUUGGAAAGUGGAAAUCGAUGUUAGUGUGUCGCGCGGAACCCUGGGAGUGAUGCGCACGAGUUCUCGCACGGCGGACUUAGCUUAAAAGCAGGGAUUGCUUUAGUCUAAUAAGUAGCUUUUCCUGUCGGAAACGAAGCAACCUGUUGACCGCAAUGGAAAACGUUUCAAGACUGAAAACCUCUGCCUUCUUAUGGAUAGAAGUCGAUCUAUUCGUGCAAGGUGUUGAGAUUCACGAAAUUGUCUGUAAUAAAAGGUGUUGCUGAAAUAGUGUCAUUUUAUUGUCAAGUGUGCUGUUGCGUAAGACAA